AUGGGCGAUGCAGCCCGCACCAGAGCAGCACUGAACUUCGUUUGCGGCGCUCUGCACAGAGCCGGGGUGCACUAUGUUGAUGCCGAGUGCCUUCGCUUGGCGAAGCAUGCCGACACUUCUGUAAGCCCUGCCAUGUGGGCACUUGUAGCUGACCUGCUAGAGUUUUUACAAAUCAGCACCGAUGGUUGGACUCCGGUUCUGCGAGAAUCCCCAAUGGAGCUGUCUGCGCUGGAGAAGGAGACCGUGGUCUUUAAACUUAUGCUGUUAGGAUACCCUCGGGCUGACCAUCUCAUCGACACCAGGGAGUUGCUGCUUGCAGUUGGUUAUCUGUUAAGCGCAUCCCAGCUGUUGACAGCAGCCCGGCGUUUGGAGAGCCGCCAUCCAUUGCCACCGUAUCCCGACGAAAUUGCUUGCUCGGAGCGGCUAUCUCCAAUUGGUCGACCCGCAGCAGAUGGCGAUGGACUUUGUAAUCUUCUCCAGCUCCAUGGCCGGUGGCGUGCAGAGACAAGACGAUUGGAGCAGCUGGAGGCUCACCGUCUCAUGCUGCUGAAGCAGAUGCAAGAACUAACGUCCAGCAGGCUUCAGACGCACAAGGAUAAGGACAGGACGAAGAAGUUCCUCCAGUCGCCACCAACACAGUAUGAAUUAUUUGUGCUCGAGCGCUCUUUGCAAGAGCACCUGGAAGACCUGCAGCAAUACAUCAGCAAUGUGCAAGCCAACAAGGACGAAGAGCUCUUCUGGCGCUGGAUGGGGAGUGUGUUUCGAGCCACCGGCGCAGAAGGCAUUGCGGCAGACAGCGCUAGCCCGGACAUCAGCCACACCAUGCAGAAUGUGGCUGAUUUGGACAGCCUACAAAGCUUUGAAGAGUCGGCGACUGCGCUGAAAAAAGCUCAAGCCGAAUCUCUUCGCCCUGCAGUGUUUGGCCCUCGACGGGGCACGUGCAAAGCUGGAAGCCUGCGUGACCACUGGGACGCCUUGCACAAGUCUCUUUCGGGUGUUGCUCAAGGGGAGCUAAAGCAAGAGCUUAGAGACUUGGGAACUGCCUUCGAUGCAGCAUUCCCGGCUGUUUGGAAUGAGAACACGGAGAAAGCAGAGAGAACGACCGACGUUAUGCAAGCUCACGUGGUCCACCGGCCAUCGAGCCUCCCAACCGUCCUGGUCAGGGAUUCACCGGAUGCGCGUGUCAAGCUGGGCACAUCAGCUGCAAGCAUUCAAGAGCAUGUGCAUGCGAUGCGAGCGUGCUACACAUCUGCAUCGCAGGAGCACGGGGUGCUUCUUCAGGAAGCAGUCAACGAGCUUGAUGGUGCACUCGCGAUGCUUGAAGACCUGCGGGUGCUUGCAGUGGGCAAAAGUGAUAACCAUGGGAAAGGGGAGAAAGGGUCCAUUUUGCGAGCCAUGCAUGCGCCUUGA